AUGUUUGCUCUAGCUGUAGACCACUGGGACUCAGAAGAUGAAAUUCCAUUAGCUCAGUUGAUCGAAAAAGAAGCACAAUGUCUAAAUAACUCAUUCGCUAAAGAGCUCAUUACUCCCGAUAUGCAGCCAGUUAAAACCAAACCACGAAAAAAAGCCCUGAAUUAUCGAGCUCAGGAAGUAAACAGGGAUGUUUUUAAAGAUCCCAGUUCUAAAAAAAUUAAAACCAGUGAAUCAAGGAAAUCGACUGAACUGCCGACCACUAGCAGAGCUGCUAGAGAAGAAGACUGGAUGUGCUCCGUUUGUGAUAAGGCCUUUGUAGCUGACAUGCGAUCCUGUGUAUUAUGUGGAAUAUGGGUGCAUGAGGAAUGCGUCGGCCUUACUGCAAAUGACACCGAGGAAUUUAUUUGUCCGCAAUGCCUGCCAUAA